GUGAAGAGCAACGGAGAUAUGCACUACUAUACUUCGCUUGUGGUGGCGGUCCUAUGCCCUUUGAAGGAGGUACCGUUAGUGGACUGUGAUCGAAGAUGUCACAGCAUCCCAGAACAAUUGGUCGAAGGCACAUCAGCAACCUAUGAAACGGUAUCCUACAUCAUUCGCGUCAAACGAAGUUCAACAUUCUAUGUUGUCAUGAUAGUUCUACCAUCUUUCAUCCUCACUUUUCUUUGUGUACUUGGGCUUUUCUGGACGAAAUUCGACAAAACGGACUACCUCGAAAAGCUUGCUCUUGGAUUUGCUGCCAUUCUUGCCAUGUGCACGGUCUUGGCAAUUGCCGAAGCCAUCAGUACCGAAGAGCUACCAGUACAGCUUCCCGCACGUGCUUGUAAUCACAUUUCGUCACACUGA